GAGCUGUUGUGCCGUCCGUGGUGGUGGACAGAUUGCAACCCUGGAGAUUCCCACUGGUGGGAUACAGAAAAAAAAAAAAACUCCAUUUAAUCUACAGCGAGAACCGGAGCCUCUGUUUUUAUCGGUGUGUGCUGGAAGUUUAGUGUGGACGGAGAAGUGGAGUGUAGCGGGAAGCAGAGCGCCGACCGGAGGUCAAAGCUGACGUCUUCAGGCUGCUUGUGUGCGACUUACAAUCCAAAACUCAACGCUGGAACCAGUAAAUGCACAAAAUUAAGCAAUUUAAGGGUUUCAGAGAAAUCUACUAGCAUGCUUUUCAACUUGAAAUUUAUGGAUGUUACAGGAUGAAACGUCUCAGGUCCUCGAGCAGCAGCGACAGUUCUGACAAUGAGAGUCCCUCUACGUCCUUCUGCUCCUCCAACAAGUAUGGCAGUAAACCUGGAACCCCCGCCUCCAACCAGAAGAAACCGGCUGAAGUGUUCAGAAAAGACCUGAUCAGUGCCAUGAAGCUGCCUGACUCCCACCAUGUGUCCCCAGAUGACUACUACCUGCUGGCAGACACCUGGAAGCAGGAGUGGGAGAAGGGAGUCCAGGUGCUGGCAAGUCCAGACACCAUCCCAGAGCCGUCUGUCAGAGCUAUUGCAGAGAGGCCCAAGGAGGUGCUCUACACCCACCAGAGGAAGUACAUCCAGUGCUUGAGCCAGGAGUCAACAGAACCAGGUUAUGUCAACAUCAAAGAGCUGGCAGAGGCCAUGUGUCGCUACGACCUGGACGACAUGGACCUCUACUGGCUGCACGCUCUCAACAGAGAGCUUGACCGCAUGGGGGAGGAGCCCAUAGACGAGCUGACAAUGGAGCGCACCAUGGAGGCCCUGGAGAGGCAGUGCCAUGACAACAUGAACCAUGCCAUCGAUACGGUGGAAGGCCUGGGGAUUGAGUACGACGAGGACGUCAUCUGCGAUGUGUGCCGCUCCCCCGACAGUGAAGAAGGGAACGACAUGGUGUUCUGUGACAAGUGCAACAUCUGUGUGCACCAGGCCUGUUAUGGUAUAGUCAAAGUGCCUGUUGGAAACUGGCUGUGUAGGACGUGUGUCCUCGCCAUCGACCCCCAGUGCCUUCUGUGUCCUAAGAAGGGCGGUGCCAUGAAGGCUACACGUGCAGGCACCAAGUGGGCACACGUGAGCUGUGCCCUGUGGAUACCAGAGGUGAGCAUCGCUUGUCCUGAGCGGAUGGAACCAAUCACCAAAGUCUCCCACAUCCCACCCAGCCGCUGGUCUCUCAUCUGCAGUCUGUGUAAACUGAAGACAGGUGCAUGUAUCCAGUGCUCGGUAAAGAACUGCACCACUCCUUUCCAUGUGACAUGUGCCUUUGAGCACAGCCUGGAGAUGAAGACUAUCCUGGAUGAAGGGGAUGAGGUCAAGUUCAAGUCUUUCUGCCUCAAGCACAGCAAGUCUAAAACUGGGGAAUCUGGCCUGAGCCCAGCUCGCUCUAAACCCCCCGCUGAGGCGGAGAAGGUGGGCCAGCGGGCGCAGAGACUACAGGAGCUGGAGGAGGAAUUCUACACUCUAAUCCAGCUGGACGAGGUGGCCCAGGACCUCAAGCUGUCCGAGCGCCUGGCAGACUUCAUCUAUCAGUACUGGAAGCUGAAGAGGAAAGCUAACUUUAACAAAGCUCUGCUGCCCCCUAAAGAGGAGGAGGAGAACCUGGUGCUGCAGCCUCAGGAGGACAGCAUCCAUACACGCAUGCGGAUGUUCAUGCACCUGCGGCAGGAUUUAGAGAGGGUGAGGAAUUUGUGUUACAUGGUGAGUCGGCGGGAGAAGCUGAAGCUGUUGCAGAGUAAAGCCCAGGAGCAGAUGUUCAACUUGCACGUGAAGCUGGUGAACCAAGAGCUCUCUGCUGGCCUUCCUCCUUCAUUUCCAGCAGAGAGCGUGCUGUUUCGUCCUCCUCCGAGGAUAACUCUGAAGCUGAAAAUGCCCAAAUCCUCAAGUCUUGGAAAUGGAAAUCCCAGUUCCAAAUCUGGUAAUGGGCCGCUCUGCCCGGACAAUAGUGGCAAUGUUACUGAACAUGCAGGUGAAGGGCUGGGUCAGGGGAAGCCUCAGAUGCAUGGACGUGGUCGGAGAGAGGAGCGCUCCAACGGACGGCUGUCCUCCUCAGGCCACUCCAGCAGCUCUGCACUGCCUGUUAAACCCACCGGCAAACCUUUAGCCCUGCACGCUGCACUCCACGGCCACUCAUCCAACAGCAACGGCAAACUGGACCAGGAACGAGCGUGCAUGGUUAAAUCUAACGGCCUCUUAGAGAAGUUUGUGGCUCAGAAGGACAGUUCUUGCCAGACGCCCAGUGACCAGGACGCUUCAAAUCAGGCUUUGGACAAGAGCAGCUUUCGCAAGUCUGCCAUGGAGCACUUUGGCAGGUCCUUCAAACAGGCGACUAUUAAAUUGGUGCGGAGCACAGAGGACCUGCGGGCCUCUGACAAACUGUCCCGAAAGGGCUCGUCCAAGGAGAGACUGUGGGAUAAACCCGUGACUGAACACAAAGUGAAAAACGCGAGAUCGUACCAGGACAGUGACGGAUACUGUCCUGACUUGGAGCUCAGUGACUCAGAGCCAGAGGCCAAAGGGAGGCACAGACGGCGGCAGGUCGGGCUGCCUCAGCCAGACGCUCCAAGGAAAGGAGUCAGUCAUGGGAAACACUCGCUGGGCUCCAGACACCCCAUGCAAAGGUGACAGCUGUUUGUACUGUUGUUCUCCUGACCUUCCCAAGUGCCAGGCCGUCUAUGUGAACACACCUCCAUCAGGGACCAGGUCCAAGACCCAGUGCUAACGGCGCUGCUUGCAUAAAGCAGAAGAUGCACGAAGGGUCAUCAACAACAUCUCCCAGUGAGGUCCAUAAAGAAGCAUAGCUGUGUGUUAAUGUUGGUUUGAGAGGAACAAAAUCUGUCAGUCUUCUGAGAUUAUCAUGCUUGCCUUUCAUUGUGGCUAGCAUUACAUUUUGUACUCAACUUUGUAUGAAACACUCCUGCUGCACACAGGUUCAACUUGCCUUUGACUAAAACUGCUGUACAUAAGAUUGGGAUGUAAAUGUUUAACUGAAUCACACACGUUCCACUUUAUUGAUACUUCAAAAAGUGAAUCAAAGUUGUAGAAAAUAAAACCGACAUGCCAGAUGGGACUUUUGUAGUGAGUUGUAGUAUCUACUGCACCUGUUUCUUGCACACUGUCUGUUACAGUGUUUCCCCAGGUUAUACACUGACUUGGUGAUCUUUUACAUUUGUCAAGUAGUGGAGUCAUUUUUAUGAACACAAAUGCCUUUUAUGUGUAGGAAUGCAGUUUCGCACUAUUAGAACCUUCAGUAAUCUGGUAAGUGAUCAUGAAAAGCAUUCAAGUUGUGUAAAAAUGGAAAGAAAUAUGUGUAAGAGAGUAUAAUUACAUUCCCUGAUGUAUCCUUCAGUAACGUAGUUGAACCUGGAUGCAUAAAAGCAAAGACUGAGUACAGAUAUGUAAUCCAUUGCCUUUAUUACUGGUCUCAAAUCAUCACAGACUUAACUGAAAAUUACCUUUGGAACUUGCAUAUUUGCAGUCUUUUCUGUUACUUGUGACACUUUUUUUUUAAUAAUAAAUGACCUGGCAUAACUGGUUUUACUAGGGCUGGACACUGUUAGGACUUUUUUUUAUACAGAUGCCAAUUCAAUAGUGAAAUACUUCUUUAGUAUGUGUGAACUAAUUUGUACCACAAAAAAGCUUUAUUUUUUUUUAUCAUUUUAGAAGAGGCCAAAUUUGUGAAACACAUCAGUGUUUAAUGGUGUCAAAAAUAAAAUGAACAAAAUAAGGAUGUCUGAUCGAAGAAUAAAUCAUCUGACCAAGCAUCUACCGUGGGAAAAAGACCUAUUAGAACAAGGUUGGGCCAAAUUACCUUUUCAAAUGAGGCAGGAGAGCAGGUGAAACUGGAUCUGUUGUCCCAUUUGUAGACAUGACGAAGAGUGGGGUUUAGAGCAGUGGUGGCAAACUGCGUGGCAUCAACCCGGUGGUGCACCUCUGAAACUGUAAUAAUUUAACAGAUACACUCUACUAUACAGAAUAUGACUGGAUUGUGGAUUGUAAAUUGUAAAAACAGGUGCACAUUUUAACACUAACACACUUCAGAAACAUCCAUUUUUCAAUUAAACGGGAGGGACUUUCAUGUUAUUCACAUGCUAUGUUUCUACUGUGGAAAGUGCAUUUUUUAAAUAAAUUUGUUAAAUUAAUAA